AUGCAGCAUGGUGGGAACAAGAGUGGCAAGUCCUCCACCAAUGUAUGGGCUAACAACGCUAAUCUGGCAAAGACAAUGGGAGCUUUAGAUGAGUUCAAAUCUGGAUUCCCGUCAAAGGGUUUAGCAACCGUGUCUAACAAAUGGUGGGGGACAGGCGGACAACGCCAAGAUGUUACUGAAGAUGGAGGAGAUGUCAAGGACGAAGAAGCAGCUUCUGAGAAGCAGAGUUCUUUGCUAGGUAUUAGAAAAAGAAUAGCUGAAGAAGGAAGAGAAGCUCUUGAGCUUGGUGUCAGUCAAGGGUUUGGUUCCAAAAGACCAGACAAGAGAGAUCAGCAUCUUCUGUCUCAGAUCUUUGGGUCUUCACUGCCAAAGGAAUGGGUUAAUGAUUCUUCCUGAGUUUGUUUUAUAUUGUUUAGAACAGAGUUUCCUUCUUGAAUUAGUUCUCUGUGUUGUUUGUGAUCCCUAAGUUCUUAACUCCCCUGCAACUAUGUAUUAUGUUUUGGUGUUGAAAAAGGAUGAAGAACAUUCUGUA